CUGAUGCGCUGCAGGAGCUGCAGAAGUAUUGGAGCAUGAACGUUACAAGCUGGCGGGCGGGGAGCGACUGCAAGCGAGCGCAAGGCCUCACAUGCGAUCGAGACGGCAUGAUCACCUCCAUGUUCAUCAACACAACCACGCAGGCUGUUUUUCCUCGAGAUACUCUUGUAUUGCUAACUCGCUUGACAAAGCUGGAGGUCAAGGGGAUGGAGCACGUACCAUUGUUCACAGUCUACGACGUCACGUGGCUCAAGUCUCUGUUGGUGGAGUGCCAGACGGGAGCAGCAGAGAGCAUCCCUUCAGAGUUGACCAGAAUCGCUCAACUCACCCAGUUGAAAAUGAGCAAUUGUGGCUUUGAAACCGCGAUAGCUGAGUUGACCCAGAUCACUAGGCUCGUGGAUUUAGAGCUUUCGUCUAACGGGAUGCUGUCAGUGUGGCCUCUUAAUUACGUGAAACACACUCGUCUCAUGAAGCUGAAUCUGAGUUCCAACCUACUCACGUCUGAAAAGAUGACAGAGCUGACAAGUCUCACAAGUCUCACAACGCUAAAUCUCUCCAACAACCAACUGACCGGAAAUUUCCCUGAAUCUCUCACGUCCAUGAGCAACUUGGUCAGCCUAACUGUCGAUUUCAACUACAUGGUCGGUACCAUUCCACGGAUCCUUGGAAAUAUGAGCAAGCUCUCAACUCUAUCUGCGACCAACACCAGUGGUCUCAAGUGCCCUGACAACUACACCAGCUGCGGUGUGCCUCAGAAUGCGUCCUCUGGCUUCUGCCGCACCUGCCCUGACUUCUGCGCUACAUGUGACAAACCCAAGCCCGCACCAGCAGUGCUGUCACCGGUACCGUCUGUGGAAAGCACGGCCGCUUCAGGAUUUCCCACGUGGGCCAUCGUUCUGAUCGUCGUUGCUGUAGUUGCUGUUGCUGCAGCCACCGCUGUCAUCCUAUACUACUACUACUUCAACAAAUCGCUGGUGAGCAGCAAGGCGGCAGCGCAGGUGUGUCAGGAGUAUUCACUGGCGGCGGUGGUGAAAGCCACCAACGGGUGGUCCGAGGACAACAUUCUUGGCAUGGGGGCGUAUGGUGACGUGUACCGUGGCGUCUCUCCGACUGAUGAUGCCACGCCGCGGGCCGUGAAGCGAGCCAAGGUCAUCACCAACGACUUUGACACCGAGGUGUGUGAGAUGGCAACGAAGCAUCACCCCAACCUGGUGCGACUGCUCGGCUUCGCCAUUGGGAUUACCGAUAAGACAAGGGUCGAGCAAAUCCUCAUCUACGAACUCAUGCCCAACAAGGACCUCUCGCAAUGGAUCGGGAAAGAGGCAGAGUUGCCACUGAGCUUUGAGCAGCGCGUGGACGUGCUGGUGGGGGCGGCACGCGGCUUUGAGUAUCUCCACAGCUUCGGCAUCGUGCACCGCGAUAUCAAGCCCGCCAACAUCCUCCUCGACCAAACCAUGCAGGCUAAGAUUUCAGACUUUGGGCUUGUGAGGAAGGGAGAGGGCACGGCAGUGCAGAGCACGCGAGUGGUGGGAACACCGGGCUAUGUGGACCCAUUGUAUUCCUCAUCCAAAAAGGCCACCACAGCCACGGAUGUGUACAGCUUCGGCAUUCUCAUGCUUGAGCUCAUGACGGGCCGCCACGUCACCACCAAUUCGCUGGUCAUUCCGUCCGAGAAAGAAGCGGAUCAGCAACUGCACCUUCUAGAAUGGGUCCAGCAGCAGCUGGCGCAAUCCGGCAGCAACAGGGGGGUGGGGGCAGGCCUCAAGGACCCACGCAUGGAGGCGCGGGAUGAGUUAGUGUUGAGGGUGGUGCAGCUGGCACUGCGAUGCACCGACAAGCAGAGCGCCAUGCGGCCGGCCAUGGGGGUGAUUGCAGCCGAGCUGGAGGCCGUGCUGGUGGCGCUGGGCGGCGCUCGUAGCAACUCCGCCGCCCGGCAGGUGGACCAGCAGAUGGAGUCGCAGAGGGAGCCAGCCAGAGAUCUGGAUGCAGAUUUUGCUCUUCUGGAUGCAUUGCUUGCCGACAAAGUGAACGGACAGCAUGCCGCUGCAUCAUAG